AUGGAGAGUAAGUACUGUGAUGAAAAUGGUAUUCAACGAAAAGCUACAGAAAGCGUGUACAGAACGGUGUUCAAUACUGAAUUUAAUCUAUCAUUCUUUCAACCGAAAAAGGAUUUGUGUGAUAUGUGUCACCGGUAUGAAAAUGGUUCUAAGGAAGAAAAAAGGGAAAUGGAAGACGAGUAUCAGCAACAUUUAAGAAAUAAGAAACUGGCAAGGGACAUCAAAGCAGCCAACAAAGAAAGAGCAAAGCAAAGCACAAAACUUUGCUCAGCAGUUUUUGAUUUACAGCAAGUAUUAUCGGUGCCAAAAAGUGACCUUCGCAAAACGCCUUCUGCUAUAUGUGGUAUGAAUGCAUUGCCAAAAGGGGCGCAUCUGAAAUUGGUAGCUGCCUUCUUCUUUUCAUUGAGCACCAAGUUCAUCAAAGAAACUUUUGGUAAAUCUCCAGUACGAGAACGAUCACCCAUUAGAAGACAACCAGUAAAAAACCAAGCUAACGUUAGAGAGGAAUUCAGAACAACCAUGGCUGACAAUCCACAAAUGGUCGAUUUCACCAUUUUGAUCAUCCUCAUCCAUCUAAUAGGAGCACAGAGAAGAAAAAGAGUUGGGAAACAGUAGGGAAUGGUUUACCUGGUUGCUCCGUGGGGCAUGGGAGAGAAUGACCGGCGGAACCAGAAUUACGCCGGUGCAGCAGCCGAAGCAACUGCCACCGCCUCAGCAAUCACAGACUCCUUCAGAAGGUCAGAUGGUAGCAUCCUUGACGAGGUCGAUUUGUUUCCUCUUUCCAAUCAGGU